AUGGACGUUGUUUUUGGCGGUUCACCGCCUCUAUACAAGUCCCCUCCAGUAUUGGACCACAGCGUUGGAAUUAUGCAUUUGCUGGAGAAACGUGUGGACAAGCUGUAUGUUGACUCAAUGGGCGGCUUCGGGUGGGAUCUACCAUGCUUGGUCACUUCCAAAAUGAACGUCAACUCCAACACCCAGUACGGCAAGGUUAUUGAGAUUGAGGCGGUCACGCCUGUGGCUUGUUCGAUCCAAGAAGCGGCUGCUAUCUUGUGGAAGGACAUGAAGACGGUGCACGAAAUCCCGGACAAGCGCUACAGAUAUCUGCGCGGAAGCAAGCCUCAUUCACUGGAAAAGAACUUCGUGAUGAAGUUGCGUGGCCAGCAGAGUGACAUUGAGGUCAACGGCAGCCACUUCUCUCGCAAGUUCGUGGAGGACACGCGCACCCAAGGUCUCGAAUUCAAGUCUCCGUCGUGGACAACCAUUACGGCGUCUGAGUCCGAUCCGCAGCACGCAUCGGUAGUGCGAAGCUACUUGCGUAUUUACGCAGAAGUGCAGACUAAUCUGGACGCUCGAGCUGAGGAUGUGGAAUCAGCGCGAAACUUCGUUCUCAACGGGCUCGCCAAAAUGAUGUACGGCUGUGCGCAGAAGACUCAAAGCAAGCUGAUCCAGCAAACGUUGGUCAUUUAA